AUGGCUCUUUCCUUGUAUUGCAAUAUAUGUGCAAGGGCAGAGACAACAUGUACUUCACUGAGCGAAUCAGGAAAUAUGGAUGAAAUAGCUUAUGUACAAGGGCAGAGACAACAUUCAUAUGUCAACAAUUCUGGAGUAGGAAAUUACGGUUGGAAACCCACGCAACGAUGGAACCAAGGAGGCCAGACACAAGGGAGACCUCAAAACACACAAGGCAGUAGACCUGCUUACGACCAGGAUAGAGAUAGAUGCUCAAUCACCUAUAGCCCACAGUUUGGAGGAAGCAACAACGCUCUCUAUCGAUCGCCACAAGUUUCCCAAAGCGAGCUGCGACAUUAUCAACCUAACAUCAGAGAAGUAGAUGAAAGACUCUCCCGAGCAAUUCUUGAGUUGAAAAAUGAUAGAGUUCUAUUGAAACAGGAAAUCACACAAGAGUUUAGACAAGAUUUGUCUGCUAUGAGACAAGAAACUCAAACCUCAAUAAAAAGCAUGGAAAUACAAAUAGCACAGUUAGUCAAGUUGGUGUCUGAAAGACCUUGUGGUUCAUUGCUAAGCACAACGGAGAACAAUCCGAAGGAAAGAGUCAAUGCAAUAUCGGUUUAUCCGGAACCUGUAAAUGAAGAUACCAACAAAAGACAUGAAGGAAAAUAUGUCAAAGGUAAAGAGGUUUUGAAAGAUACGGACAGGGAGGAAUCAAAGGCAAAUACCAAAAUGGUAACGUCUCGUUACUGCACUCAAAUUCCAUUUCCGCAAAGAUUGGUGAACAUGGCCGAGCUGGAACAACGAGGUAAAUUUAAUGCUUUACUUAGAAAACUUCAUGUUAAUAUGCCUAUUCUGUACACACUAAGAGAACUACCUAGAUUGACUUAUCACUUUAAAGAGCUAGUAAAAAAUAAGAAGGAGAUUCACAAUGAAUCUCAUACCCACCUUAGUGUGGAAUGCUCAUCGGCUCUUGAAAGGGGAUGCCCCAAAAAGAAGGGUGACCCUGGUGCAUUCAUCGUACCAUUUGCGGUGAAAGAUCUUUUCUUUGAGAAUGCACUCGCAGAUCUAGGUGCUUUUAUAAAUGUUAUGCCUUCGUGUGUUUUGACAAAAUGA